AGUCACUACUGUGUGCUCCAUGUCUCAGUCAUUUCACAUCUCCCCUUUUUAGGCCAAACAACACAUCCACCACCGCCAGUAUUCCCCCCCUAAAAAUAGAAGCAGCAGCAUACAAUUCCCACACACCAUCACAAACAGAUACGAAGCUGCUGCUCUCCCAGCAUCUCCCCAAUCACCAGAUGGACCUAUGAGAGAGCCAGCACAAGCAACUGUUGGCUGUUGCUACCACCAGCAGCAGCACUGAAUUCUCAAGUCAACCGCCUCUUCCACUUAGCUUGCUCGUCAAUCCAAGAUCAGCUUCUCACACGACCGAAUUGAGCCAGCCGAUCCAUGGACCUGUCGGCGAACCCGGACAGCCCUCUGUCGGGAGGCGGCAAUGGCGGCGGCUCGAGCAGCAUGGGUUCGAACAGCAUCACCUCGUCGCUCUCCGUUGGCGGCGCCCCGCAGUCGCCGAGCCGGUACGAGGCGCAGAAGCGUCGCGACUGGAACACGUUCGGGCAGUACCUGCGGAACCACCGCCCUCCACUGAGCCUGGCGCAGUGCAGCGGCGCGCACGUCCUGGAGUUCCUGCGCUACCUGGAUCAGUUCGGCAAGACCAAGGUGCACGCCGCCGCGUGCCCCUUCUUCGGCCACCCGAGCCCGCCGGCGCCGUGCCCGUGCCCGCUCCGCCAGGCCUGGGGCAGCCUCGACGCCCUCGUCGGCCGUCUCCGCGCCGCCUACGAGGAGAACGGCGGCAGCCCGGAGUCCAACCCCUUCGCUGCGCGCGCCGUCCGGCUCUACCUCCGCGAGGUCCGCGAGCACCAGGCUCGCGCUCGGGGUGUCAGCUACGAGAAGAAGAAGCGCAAGAAGCCGCAGCAGCUGACCUUGGGCGACAGCAGCAGCGGGUUCCGCGGCAACCACCACCAGCCCCCUCCCGGCCCGCCUCCCGCCGCCGGCUGCUGAGCUUGCUGAUCGACGACCCUACACUGAUCAGCUGCAGCUGGUCGAUUCAUCCAAGGUGGUCGAUCGAUCUACUAUUUGGCCGCCGGUAUGCCAGAUAUAUUUUAUGUACGCUCGCGUAUGCAUGCAUGCGCAUUGUCAUGGAUUUGCACUUCGGAUUUGUGUGUGUGUAUCAACUAUCAACUAGUACUGUAGUCGAUCUAGUGUCCUUAA